AUGUGCAAUGUCGCUCUAGAUUGGGAUAAAGGGACCAGAGCACUAGGUGCAGCGUGGGUGGUUCGGAAUGACAAGGGGUUUGUGAUUUGUCACAGCAGGAGAGCGUUUGCAGAGGUAGCAUCGAAGGGAGAAGCUAAACUGCAGACUGUGCUCUGGGCAGCAGAGAGCAUGAGCAGUCUUCAUUUCAACAAAAUUAUUUUUGCUGGAGAGUUUGAAGAUAUCUUUGGUGCAGUGAUGCGACCUCAAGCUUGGCCUUCCUUUUUGUUUCAGCGUGAUGAAUUUGUAUGUCAGUUUGGGAGCAUUGAGGAGUGGAAGGUGAAGAUUAGUAAAAAAGAGACAAACAGAGGUGCGUCUUUCAUCGCAGAUAGUGUCAACAAGUAUGGUUUGGUUCAGUCGUAUGUUGCGGCAGGGCCACCAUCUUGGUUAUCUGACCUGUUCUUGUAUGAAAGCCGUGGCCUCUCACAUGUCUGA